UGCAAAAAUCAAAGGGAACGUUUUGAAGACAGCCCCCUAUCAGGAAAGCAAACCCCAUCAUCAUCAGCAAGCCGGACAUCAUGGAUUCACCCUGCUCAAGACCAGCCAAGCGCUGAUUAAGAAACAACGGAAAUAUUCUCGAACGGAAAUAACGAUGUACAAAGCGCGAAUACGAUAUGGCGAUUAUGAGUUUGACUUUAAAGAAAACCUGACUUUCCAAGAGGUUGGAUUUUUAGUUGUUGCUUGCCAAGACAUGAAGCACUUGAAGAUUAUCAUUCAGGCCAACGAAGGAACCAAAAUAAAAAACUCUCUUCUGCCUUCAUAUGAAGUGAGUAAGAUUCUUGGGGAUGCCGACCCCCCGAAAUUCAAAAUACCGAGAAGUGCAUCUGAGGACCAGAAACAAAUCUGCUUGAGACUUCGACGUAUUUUAAGCAAUAUAAAAAUCAAAGCCAAGAAAAGCGAGCCGGACGAAAAUGCUCAAGAAAUCCUCCAGAAAUAUGGGCAGCGAAUCCACAGAGCCAAGAUCCAAGGACCCUCCGAUAAAGAAAUGAGCAGCAGCAAGGAAGAGAAACAGGGAUGUCCCCCAAAGAAAUAUAAAUAUGCUGAGGGCCAGGAAAAGAGCAAUGUAGACCUUGAAAAUUUUGGGUUGUCUGGAUCUUUGAAAUCCACUAAUUCUGUCCUAAACCCUGUGCCAAUAAAUGCUGUCUCCAAUUUGCCCAAGACCGAGCACCCUGGAUUUAAAAAUCCAGGGGUGUACUGCUACCUGAUUUCGAGUGUACAGCUCCUCCUCUCUGCAUCCCCUUUCGUGAAAAUCUUUGAAGCUAUGACUUUUAGCAAGAUCCUCGACAUCAAAGAGCUGGAUGCUUUGAAACUGAUCGUCGACAGAGUGGCCCGGAGCAACUUUGCCAGCCAAAACGAUCUAGAUAAUGCUAUUCUGGAUCUUGGACAUUUAACUGUCUCGUUUGGAAUGGCUAAGGGCGAACAACAGGAUCCUGUUGAGAUAAUUACGCUGAUUCUCCCCCACUUGGCCUCCAAGCUGAAGAAAAUUGAUAAAAAUGCUGACCCAGUGACACCUUUCUUGAUGUCCACCAUUUCUCUCUGUAGAAUUUGCAAAAAUGUUUUUGGCAAUACUGAUCCAGGGAUAUUUUUGACGGUCGUACCAAAUGUCAAGUUGCUGAACAUUCAGGAGCUUAUUGAGCAUAGUUUGAGAGACGACAGGAGAUGCUGCUGUGCAGUGGAAACUUUGCAGAGCAAGUUCCUGGUGAUCCCGGACUGCCUUCUUGUGCAAGUGGCCAGAAAUAGAUAUGGAUCAAAUAUUCGGAGCAAGGAUCACGUGCAGAUCAGUAAGGAAAUCGCUCUACCUGUUUUUGGGGAGACACAUGGCUUUAAUGACGAGUAUGACAAGAACGCUGAGCAUCAAAUGCCAACUGAUGCACUGGCAAAUAUCAAGAAAUCCUACCAGCUAAAGGCGAUUAUUUUGCAUCAGGGCACCCAAUGUGAUCGUGGUCAUUACAUCUGCUACACCAUGAGCAAGCAAGAAAAGCAAUGGCUGCUCUGUGAUGAUAGCAAGAUCUCCGUGGUGAAGAACUUUGAUGAUGACAUUUUGAAUGCAGAUUCUACCAAAGAGGAUUGCUACGUGUUACUUUAUGAGGCUGUGGGACAUACCCCAGCUGCCAGGCAGCGUUGACGCGUCAACCCUAUUGAGGCCGCCCUGGCCCCCAAGCUUGAGCGCACACCUCCUGCUAGCUGCACAACCAAUUUCCUUUGAUGCCAGGCGCCCCCGUCGCACCCCUAACUUCUCUCAAUAUUAUCCUUAAAUAAAUGUCAAUUACUUUCUGUGUCUAGGCCUAUCAAAUCUUCUUUGCUUUAUUAAUUGAAACAAUCCACUACCUGAGAGCCAAUUAAUUUCCCAUUUAUCUCUCGCAGGUACUACGGAGUGAUAAAAUAGGCGUAGUUAUAUC